AUGUACAGCGCCGCGAAGAAGCAAUCGAUAGCACCUGCUAUGUCAGCUGAGUCUGCAGCAGCCAUCAGGAUUCAGACUAUGUAUCGUGGUUAUCUGGCUCGUAAGGCUCUUCGUGCAUUGAAGGGGCUGGUUCGCCUUCAGGCUUUGGUGAGAGGCCACAUUGCAAGGAAGCAGGCAAAGGCUACUCUUCGCUGCAUGCACGCGAUCGUUCGUGUCCAGGCUCGGUUCCGUGCCCGUCGGGUCCGGAUGUCCAGGGAGGGACAACUUGUCCAGCGGCAGUUGGAGAAAAUCUCCCGCAAGUACCACCCUGAAGUGGUCCUCAAACGCAACGAGGUUGGCUGGUGCGAUGCUUCUGGAACGGUAGAGGAGAUUCAGGCAAAGCUUCAGAGCAAGCAGGAGGCCAUCCUUCGUAGGGAACGUGCUUUAGCUUAUGCUGAUUCUCGCUCGCUGUGGAAGAAGGAGAAGCCUACCCAGCAACGCUCCAUGGCAUACAUUGACUGCGAGCCCGACAAGGGUGGUUGGGGAUGGAGCUGGCUGGAGCGCUGGAUGGUCGCGAGGCCGUGGGAGAAUCGUCUCAUGAUGGCGCACUAUCAGGCAGUUAACCCCAAAGCCAAGCGUCAGGGAGCACUCCGUUUGUUUGAGGCUCAGUUAGUGGAGUCCAAGCCCCACCGCACUGUGGAGCUGGUGGACAUGGGCAAGUGCAAGAGCUGCGGCCGCCGUGUCCUUGUCAAGCCCUCCGUGGCGAACGCAGCCAACGCCGCAGCUGCUGCUCAGGCGUCCGCUAAUGGCACUGCGCCCUCGAAGGCAAUUCCCCAUACUUGCAACAUUUGUGCUCCCACGGUUUCCUGGGCCGCCAAGGUCGGAGCCCUUCCACCCGUGACCACGACCACUGGCAGCAACCGUGGCGCAGCAGCUGCGAUGUCACGGCUGUCCCUUGGAGCUUCGCAUGAGCCACAACCCCUUGCAGACGCCGUGAUUGGUCGCGCUAUAAGCAAGGCGGACAUGCUGCAGGAGCUGGUGGUUUACAGCGAGGACGACGCGUUCACGUUCACGGAGCUCGAAGCGCAGCAGGCGGCCAACGACGAGGAGAUUAACGCCGCAGCCAUCGCGAACGCGUUUCACCAUCUGCACGGCUCGGAGGACUUCAGCGGCGCGGAGGACGACGACUACGUUUCCGUUUCCGUCACGCGCGAGGCGGAAUCUAAGACAAUGGCGGUCACCGCAGCGCCAACCAUUCUGGACGCCGUGUCGCAAACCUUGUCGAAGCGGUUGAGAGGAUUCUUCGGCUGA